AUGAGAGUGAAGAGACAGAAGAAGAACAGAAGAACAGUGAGAUUCUUCACUGUCUGUUUCGGAUUCCGACAGCCCUUCAAAGUCCUUUGCGAUGGUACUUUCGUCCACCAUCUCGUCUCCCGUGAGAUCACUCCCGCCGACACUGUCAUCUCCGAGCUACUGGGAGGUCCCGUAAAGCUCUUCACCACUAAGUGUGUGGUUGCGGAGUUGCAGAAACUGGGUAAAGAUUUUACGGAGUCUCUUGAGGCUGCUCAGAUGCUUAGCACAGCAACAUGUGAGCACGAGGAGGCAAAACCAGCAGACGAGUGUUUGUCAGAGGUACUCGGAACCAAAAACUCGGAGCAUUUCUUUCUCGGUACUCAGGACGCCGACUUUAGGAAAAAGCUUCAGAAGGAAUCGAUCGUUCCACUACUGUAUGGUCUGAAUAACAGUCUGCAGAUCGACCAACCUUCUGAUUUCCAACGUGAGACAGCAAAAGACUCUGAAAGAAAGAGGUUAACUAUGACCGAUGCGGAGAAGAGGAUGUUGGAGAAACAAACUGCGAGAAUCUUAGCUUCUAGCAGAGGAGAAGGAACAGCUGAAGACGAACAAUGGGAAACGCCUCGAGUGGUCAAUUCAAGAAAUGGACUCGGUGUUAAGGAUAGACCCCAAUUCAAGCGCAAUAGAGCAGAGGGUCCAAAUCCACUUUCAUGCAUGAAGAAAAAGAAGGUGACAGAUACCAAGAAACCUCAUUCGAAACCCAAAGCUGAAUCGAAAUCUGGUGGACAAGAGGGCAAGAAAGGUGGUGAAAGCGGUACAGAAAAGAGGACAAGAAAACGGUCCAGAAAAGGAAAAUCUGGUCCGGAGAGAACCUGA